UUCCAGUGACUCUCCCUUGCCUGUGACUUCACGUGUCUGUUUUGUAAAGUUCCUUGAGUCUGAGUCGGUGGGAGUUUCCCAACACCUGACGAACACCGUCUUCGUGGACCGAGCCUUGAUCGUGGUCCCUUUCGCUGAAGUGGACAAGUCAUUUGCAGAGAGCCCCUUCCUUGCUGGCUGAAAGUGGUCCUCUGCUGCCAUCAGGAGAUUAGAACAAAAUAAUGGCACCAGGCUCGCAAGCCCCCUUCUCUCUCUUGUUCUGCAGUAAAAUAUUAACUCUUUAUUUUUUUCUCUCUGUUCAAGGCAUCUUUUCUUUAAAAAAAAAAAAAAUUAGCCACACAACUCUUAAGCAAAAUGAGGGGGUGGUGGUGGGGGGAGGGUGCAGGGCAAUCUCAAUUCCUCACAUGUUCAAAGAAUUUUAAUAUUAUUCCAAAAAAAUGUAUGUCGAUUUUUAGGCAUGCACCAAACUAGGGAUGCCCCGAGCAGAUCUGCUGUAUCUGUAUCGAGGUAGUUCAAGACAUUUUUUUAACUAAAUGGUAUUGACUUCAAGCUUGAACCAUUUCUGAUCCUCUGUUUAUAUUUUAUAUUGGGAGUCUUUAGUCGUGGUUAUCACACUACAGGAUUGACCGGCGAAACGCUACAAGAUCUUUCACUGGGAGGAAUCCCCAAUGAGGUCUUCGAACUACGUUUUGUCAUGAAAACACACGCAAGAAAUACACAGUAAAUGACAUGAUACCAUACGCGAGACACAUUGCUGAUGUUGUUGUUGUUGUUGACACGUGUACGUAGCAUACAUGUAGUUGAUUUGCUGCCACAACAGAUCCACGCUGCCACUCCUUUGUCCAUGGAUAUUAUAUGCAACGUGUAGGAAACCAUUAAAGACCCCGCACAUACACACACUAGUGUUUUCAGUUACUGGCUGAUUAGAAAUAUUUUAAGCUUAAGUUUUGCAGGGCUAUUGUGGGAGUUUGAUAAGGUCUAGGUGUAAGUUGCCCAGCACUAACAGAUGCAACAAAUCCUAGCAAUAGAGUGAGGAAGAUGUCAAUCAAGCACAGUCUUUACACAGUUCUGAGGAGAGGCCUAAUCAGCCAGUAAGUGUAAACUUUACCUGUGUGGGUGUUUAGGGUGUGGCUCAUAUAGUAUAGUACAUACUUUAUAGUAUAGGGUGCAUUACAGAGGAAAAUAUAAAUACUGGAUUAGGACUUGGUAUGGGCUGAAUGCUGAUAUUAAAUGGCUCAGAUCAGGGUAAAAUGUUCGGGACAUCCCUACAACAGCACAAAGCAUGCAGGAUAGAUUAACUAAUCAGCUGUGCAUGCUAGAAUAGAUUUUGAAGGUGUGUGUGCCAUCAUCUACACAGUUACUUUGAGCAGAUGUGGAAGUUGAGUAGCUUUAUAAUUUGGUUAUUAAUCAUGAUAUGCACACAAACUGCCUUUUGGCAUUUACUUGCUUCAUGUGCCAAAGCCUUGUAUGCUUUUACACUGCAUCUGUAUUUCCAAAUUUUUCACUAACACACACACACACGAGAUAAAAGUAGUUUUAAGCCUCUGCUUGAUGUUGCAGUAAAAAAAAAUGCUUUUUAUUGACCCUCUCCACACAUGACUCUGAAAGAGUUGAGUGAAUCUCACGUUUAACAGUGGUGUUUCUUUUGUUGUUGUGUUUUACAGUUCUUUUUCCUGGUUCAGCCAGCCCUAUAUACCAGGCCCUGCUGAAAAUGCCACCAACAGUUUUGUCUUCUGCAGCCUUAUCCUGUUUCUCAAGUGUCCUUUCUGUUGUGUGCGUGCGUGUGUGUGUGUCUCUCUCUCUCCCUCUCUCUCUCUCUCUCUCUCUCUCUCUCUCUCUCACUCUCUCUCUCCCCUUUUUAAAAUGUAAAAAUGUCAGAUUAAAAAUAGCCUGUUUUCAGAUUGCACCAUGGAUGAUCAUCUCCAUAAGAUUUUCCCUUUUGAUUUUACUGUUUGGUUUCUUCAGCUUUGGGCACAUUUGUCAUGAUUUUAUCUCAGAUUUUGCUGGUAGUAGCCCUUAACUGUUUAGUGCAGUUUAUCUUUGCCAUUGUUUAGUGUUUUUAGUGACAUGCUGUUGGCUAAAACCUAGCAGUACUGUAGCUUGUUAGCAAUACUUUAUCUGGUUGCCAAGUAAGUUUUUCCUUUUUUGUGGUGGGAUUGUACAAAGUAACCACCAACAAAAGCCCAGAAAAGGUAAUAUGUCUGAACCUUUUCUGUUUUUGUAUCGGUGAUGGUAAGUGAUGUUGAAAUGUACCCUUGUCUCCACCCAAAUCAUGAACUUUCUUUUCUGUAUCUCAAUGUUUUUGUGUGCUUUAUAGCGAAGCAGCCGGCACGACUCGCUUGUACAUAAAACAUCUAAUGAAAGUUGAGAGCACAUCCCACGGGACAACUGGCUGUGCUUGCUUACGUUUGGUUCAUGACUUAAAAAACAAGUACAGGAGUCAUUCCUGAUGAGUCUAAAGCUAUGUCGCUGCUGGCUCCAGCCAAUGCCGUAGCAGGAAUGAUGCCUGGGGGAGGCCUUCUUCCAACACCCAAUCCUCUGGCAACAAUGGGAGGGACGCCAUUUGGAGGUCUUGGAGGUCCCAACCUGGAACAAAUGGCUGCCAUGGGAAUUGCGGGCCCUAACAUGAACCCCCAGGCUCUUUCUGCAGACUUCCUGAAGCUCAUGCAGUCCAUGGACCCCAAACUGAAUCCAUUAGCGGCCGGACUGAACUUGAAUCCAGGGAUGAAGAAUGAUGCUUCCAAUAAGGAGAUUGAAGAGGCCAUGAAGAGAGUCCGAGAGGCCCAGUCUCUCAUCUCUGCAGCCAUCGAACCAGGAAAUAAGAAAGAUGACAAGCGCAAACAUUCCCGCUCCCGUUCGCGGUCACGGCGCAGGCGGUCUAGAUCUCGCUCAAGACACAGACGAUCGAAGAGCAGGUCUCGGCGGAGGUCCCAUUCAAGGAGUAGGAGGAGGUCCAAGAGUCCACGGAGGAAGAGGACCCACUCCCGGGACAGAAGCCGUCGCAGUAGAUCAAGGGACAGGAGGAAGGAGGAAAAGGCUAAGAAAAGGUCAAAGACGCCCCCCAAGAGCUACAGCAGUGCCAGGAGGUCUCGAAGCAUCAAUCGGAGGCACAGGCGAAGCCGCAGUGCAACUCGGUCCCCCAAGAAGAGGUUGUCCAGGUCUCCCUCGCUCAGACGUCACAAGAAAGAGAAAAAGAAGGACAAGGAGCGCGAGAAGGACCGGGAUAGAGAGAGGAAGGAGGUCAGGGACCGGAGCAGAGAUGAAAGAGAACGCUCCAGCAGUAAGAAGAAGAAGAGCAAAGACAAGGAGCGAGAUCGGGAUCGCAAGUCCGACAGUGAAAAAGGAGACGUUAAGGUGACCCGGGAUUACGAUGAAGAGGAGCAAGGUUAUGACAGUGAAAAGGAAGGAGAGGAGGAAGACGAUGAGAGGAAGAGCGACUCUGACUCUGCCUCAUCCCCCAAAGGCCAGGAGGAGAUGGAGAGAUCAGAGGGCCAAAUCCCCAAAAAGUCCAAACUGAAUGGAGACGACCACCAUCAGGAAGACAUGGAGAUGAGUGACUAAACAUCCCAAACAUGUUUUCUCUUUCCACUAUCCUCUUUUAUAUUUUUAAUAUAGGCCACGACAUGUCUGUGCCUGAUCACUCAAAGUUAAAGAUUUGUUGUCUUAACUGUAGAAGGAAAGCCGUCAAAUAAUUUUUUGUAAAGACGUGAAAACAAGGACUAAAGUGUUAAUAACAUGAGACAUGGUUUUAAAUAUUCAUUGCUGUACUUUUUUAAGAUCCUGUUGAUUUUUCUUUUUGUUGCCUUUGUGUUCAAACUUUGUCUUCCUGACAGUAGAAUUACACAGCAUCGAAAUGCUGUCUAUGUAAAUAUUUUACUCGUCGGGAUUGAGUCCUUUCUUCCUUCAGACGGUUAGUCACUCACCACCCAGCACCAAUUUCAUGGUAAUUUCUUUGGUCGCUGGACCAUUUUGCUUUAACUGUAAUGCACAAAGUCGUGUUUCAGAUGACCUUCCUAUUUACAACCCUUUGUAAGUGUACACUGUAGAUUGAAAUGUGUUGUUGCAAUGAAAUACGGUAGGUUUUCAAAAGGAAACUAAUAAAAUUGGGUCAAACUGUCAA